AUGGCUGCCGGGGGCUUGGCUGGGAGCUUCCAGGACAAAGUGACUUGUUCCAUCUGCCUAGAGUAUUUCACAGACCCAGUGACUAUUGAGUGUGGGCACAACUUCUGCUGGGCCUGCAUCAGCCAGUCCUGGGGAGAGUCGGAGCCAAACUUCUCCUGCCCCCAGUGCAGAGAAACCUCCCAGCAGAGAAACCUGUGGCCCAACAGGCAGCUGGGGAAUGUGGUGGAGCUAGUGAAACGCCUGAGGCUCCAGGCGGUGACAGAGCCCGAGGGGCAGCGAGUGUGUGAGAGGCACCAGGAGGCUCUGAAACUCUUCUGCGUGGACGAUCAAACCCUCAUCUGCAUGAUCUGCAGAGAGUCCCGGGCUCACCGUGUUCACACAGUGGUUCCCAUCGAGGAGGCUGCCCAGGAGCAUAGGGAGCAAAUCCUGAGCCGCCUGCAGCGUCUGUGAGAGGAGAGAGAAGAGCUCCUGGGACUGAAAUCCGACUGGGACAAGGAGAGUGAGAGGUUCCUGAGGCAGACGGAAGUAGAGAGGCAGCUGGUGGUGUCCAAGUGCAAGUGGCUGCACCAGUUCCUGGCUGAACAAGAGUGCCUCCUGCUGGCCCAGCUGGGAGAGCUGGACAAGGAGAUUGGGAGGAGGAGGGAGGAAAAUGCCACCCACCUGUGUAAGGAGAUUUCCCAGCUCAGCACCCUGAUCAUGGAGCUGGAGGGGAAGUGUCAGCAGUCAGUGCCUGAACUGCUGCAGGUGAGACGGUGUCAGAUGCACCCAGAGCCCAGUGCAGGGAGAGGACGGCCCCUGAGUCAUUCAGAGGUCACAGGACCAGCCCCUGCCCCCGGCCCUGACUCUGUGACUCUCUCCCCAGUGGACGUGACUCUGGAUCCAGACACGGCUCAUCCCAAAUUCGUCCUGUCUGAGGAUCGGAAACAUGUGAGACUCGGAGACACUCGCCAGGAUCUGCCUGACAACCCUGAGAGAUUUUAUCCUUGUGUCUGUGUCCUGGGCACUAAGGGGUUCAUGGGCGAGAGGCAUUACUGGGAGGUGGAGGUGGGAGACAAGACUAGAUGGACUCUGGGAGUUUGUAGGGAAUCUGUGAGCAGGAAGAGGAAGGUCACAGCAUCACUUAGGAAUGGAUACUGGGUCAUGCAGCUGAGGGAUGGGGAAUACGAGGUCCUCACCUCCCCCUCGACCCCCCUCCACGUGAACAUCAGGCCCAGUCGGGUGGGGAUUUUCCUGGACUAUGAGGCGGGCGAGGUCUCGUUUUACAAUGUGACUGACAGGUCUCGUCUCUUCACUUUCACUGGUACCUUCUCUGGGACGCUCCGCCCUUAUUUCUAUCCUGGUCCCAACACUGGGGGUACAAACGUGGCUCCCCUGAUCAUCUGUCCGGUCCCAGCUCAGGUCGGAGGGAAUCUCUGUCCCUGACAGUGACC